UGCAAAACUGCUUAGCUCAUUCAAUACGAUGCAUUUGAGACCUACUUACACAUGAAAACACAUGCAGUAAUAAUCCACGACACCGGCGAACUGAAAGAGUGCAUUUACUCUGCAUAAUUUGUUUCUGAAAUCUAUUUUGUUCACCGCUUCUGGAUUUGUCUGCAUGCAUGACUGCACUUCAACAUCUGUAUAAUUCUUCCGUUAGACUUUGCGUGUCCGUGAAGACAGCCAGUGUGUGUGUGAUAUCCUUUAGGACACACCCCUGUUUAGAAUAAAGGUUUUCUCCAAACUUCUCUCAGCCAGUCAAGUAGUUGUAUUGUCAGCGUCCAUUUCAACAUCACGGGUGAGUUACAUGCAUUCAGAUCCAUUUGAAGACGCUCAAACGCGUAAUUGUGUCUUUGAGUUUGAGUUGAGUUUUUGCAAUCCUCAACACAAGUAAGUCGAUCAUUUCUUGAAGUCAUCUGCAGCAAUUGGCAACAGACUGAGCGACCAUGUCUGAAGAAGCAGCCACAGGGGCUUCUGCUGGAGACCCCCGGCCAGAUAACAAGAUUCCUGAGGAAGGGGUUCAGCCAAGGGGAAAAUGGGCCAACAACAAGGAGUUCAUACUCUCCAUGACUGCUGAAAUCGUUGGCUUUGGAAAUCUUUUCACUUUCCCCUUUCUGUGCUACAGGAACGGAGGAGGUGUCUUUUUCAUCCCUUACUUUUUGAUGCUCUUCUUCUGUGGCAUCCCUGUGUUCUUCCUGGAGACGGCGCUGGGCCAGUACACCAGCGAGGGCGGGGUGACCGCCUGGAGGAAGAUAUGCCCCAUGUUCCAGGGCGUGGGGAUUGCGUCCCAAGUGAUUGUGAGCUACAUGAACAUCUACUACAUCAUGAUCCUGGCCUGGGCUAUCUUCUACAUGGGGAACUCCUUCAAAAGCCCGCUGCCCUGGUCCACAUGUGACAACGUGUGGAACACUGACUUAUGUCACAGCCACCUUAGCGUCUUUGCCAACCCCCAUUUGUUUCAACCUGACUCCAACUGGUCGUUCCUAAACAACCUCACCUCCAAUUACUACUUUGAGGACAUCAGUUACCUAAAUGAUACUGAGUCUUUCCUGGAUGGCAGGUCACCGGAGAAGGAGUUCUGGAUCAAUCGGGUGUUGAGACUAUCAGAUGACAUGUCUGUGACUACGGUGCACUGGGAUCUGGCACUGUGUCUCCUGCUCGCCUGGGUCCUGUGUUACUUUUGCGUCUGGAAGGGCAUCAAAUCCACAGGAAAGGCUGUGUACUUCACUGCAACGUUCCCUUACCUGCUGCUGCUCAUCAUCUUCAUCCGCGGAGUGACGCUCCCAGGAGCCGGGGAGGGAGUCAGAUAUUACCUCACCCCUGACUUCAACAGGCUCGCUGAUCCAAUCGUAUGGCUCGAAGCAGGGACCCAUGUGUUAUUCUCCUACGCCACAUGUCAGGGCCUGCUGACCGCUCUGGGAAGCUACAACAAAUACAAAUACAACUGCUACAGGGACUGCUUGGCACUGUGUUGUCUGAACAGCGCCACCAGUAUCUUUGCCGGUUUUGCUAUGUUCUCGGUGUUGGGAUUCAUGGCUCUCGAAAUGAACGUACCAAUCGAUGACGUCAUUGCUGCUGGUCCCAUUGCGGCUUUUCUGUCUUAUCCAAAGGCUCUGUCACUGCUGCCUGGCUCAUCCUUCUGGGCCGUGCUCUUCUUCCUCAUGAUCCUCGUCCUGGGCCUGGACAGUCAGUUUGUGCGUGUGGAGAGCCUGGCCACCGCCCUCACCGACCUGUUCCCACGACACCUGAGGAGGCGGGGGGCUAGAGAGAUACUGGUCCUGGUCAUCGCUGUUGUCUGUUUUCUGCUGGGCCUGCCAUUGGUCACUGAGGGAGGAAUAAUCCUUUUUCACGUGAUAGACUUCUACGGUGUCGGUGCAACCACUCUCCUCAUCAUUAUCAUUAUUGAGAACAUUGUCGUCGCCUGGGUGUACGGUGCGGACCGUUUCUAUGACAACAUUGAGGACAUGAUCGGGUACCGACCGUUCCCCGUUCUGAAGUACUGUUGGCUGUUCAUCACGCCGCUCAUCUGUGGACUCAUGCUGCUGAGCACCCUGGCACAAAGACAUGAUAUCAUGAUUUAUAAUUAUUCACUCGGCAUCUGGGGCACCACGCUGGGAGGCCUGAUCACCAUCACUCCGCUGAUUUUCAUCCCAGCAUUCAUCUUGAUCACGCUGUGCAAGAAUCCCCAAAACAUGACGACACCGUCCAGCGAUCUGCGUCAGGCUCGGCCGCACAAGCCCACCCUCACACUGUGUGACCACGUCAUCUUCAAGGCACAGGGGCAGCCAAACAGGAGGGCGGAUGAGAGCAAUGAGAAGAUCGUGAUAGAGGAGCUUAACAGGGUUUGAUGGCCAUUAAAGACACUUACAGACCUGUGACAACAAACACAAAUUGUUAAUCGUAUUCAAAAUUUGUUUACAAAUUUCAUGAGAAUUCAGGGAAAUCCUGUUAUGCUUUUUAUUGUUGUUGUUACAUUAAUCUUUACCUUAUCUUUCAUGAUUAAUAAUACCAGUCAUUUACAAUGUACAAUGUCCUAUACACCGAUAAUCCUAUAUACUGUUAUUGCCCUAAGAAUGUACCCCACACAUUUAGCAUUGCACAAAAAAUAUCUAAACAGAUGCAGCCUAUAUUUGAUUGGAGAUCCAGGUGUGUUAUGCUAGUAGCGGCUAAUGUAGCCUUGAGCCGCCAGCGAUGUGACGAGUCAGAGGUCCGGUAAGCUCACUUCUUUCUGACUCCACACAAACAGAUGUUUUGCAUCUUUGAACUUGCAGUCAAGUCUGAUUGAUGCUGACGCAAGUGACCUCACUUGAGGCGGUUCUUCAGGCUUCGCACAGCUCCCUGCGGAGCCACAAAAGGGUUUCUGUGCAACGUUUUUACACAUGCAAAAGAACUUCCAAAAACCUGUGGAUAGACUAUGAUGUGUGAAAGAAGUGAAUUGCCCCUUUUGCACGUUAACAGGGCGUGUAACAUGUUUCAUGUAGACUAAACUGUUGCACCCUAUAAUGUUGAUCUUAAUUUGUUACUGUGAUGGUGCUGUCAUGGAUAUGAAUAAAUGUUUGUACACUGCAUGAUUUCUUUUGUCAUUGAGAUAACCACUGUGUUUAUUACUCAUAUAUCUGGAAACAACGGCGCCAAACUUUAUGAAUGUCAUUAAAAGUAU